AUGAACUCUUCCUGCAGCUCGUCCACCUUCACCUCCUCCAUGAGCUCCACCAAGUAUCCUAAGGUGGCUCAGGGCUUGGCAAGGAGCGCAGAGGAGCACUCUGGGGUUCAAUGUAAGACCUCCGCUGUGGUGGAGUCCUUCAACCAGGUACAAAAAUCCCCCCAAAUCCCAGAGGGAGAGUCUGUCCCAGAUUUUGAAGUGAAGCUACGCCCCAUCACUCCCCAAGAGGGUGACAAUGCUGCAUUCAAGGCAAAUGUGACUGGGAAUCCACAGCCCAGUGUGAGCUGGGAGCGAGCUAGUGGGUUCCCACUGUCUGUGGCAACAAAAUCUUCCCAUGACAACAUCGACAAACAGCAUAUACUGAAGAUCAAAAAUCUGACCUUGGAGGAUGCCGAUGUCUACAAGUGCACUGCCUCCAACAAGCACAGAGAUGCUGCCUUCUCCAUAUCACUCAGUGUUACAGAAAAACCAUCAAUGGACUUCAAAAAGAUGCUGGAGAAGCAGCAGGGGAACACAUAUAUGUUUUUGCAUGUAUCCAGAAAUACCCACAGGACAAGAUCUAAAGAGUUGCUGAGGUAUGGAGAAGAGAAGAAGAAGCCACCUACAGAGGAGGAGAUGUUAAAGAUCCUGGCUGGAGCUGACAAGAAGGACUGGGGGAUCUGUGCCAAGUAUGGCUUCAGCAACAUCAGAGGCAUUCUCAAGAAGUUCAAGGAGAUGAAGAAGAAAGUGGAGGUGGAGAUGGUGCGUGUCUUGAAGCCCCUGGAAGACAUCACUGCCAAAGUUGACAUCGUGUUCUUGGAACUGAAGGAUCCAAACAUCAGGAUCAGUGGUUUUUGCGUUGUGCUUGCAAUUCAGGGCGCAGAGCUGCAGUGGGUCCAGUACUCUCAUGGGAAAUAUGAAGUGAAACUGAUGGGAACUAAGCACAUGCUAUGCAUUUCUUGCGUGCACCUGAGUGACAUGGGCACCUACACUCUGCAGGUUGGAGACAAGAGACUUUCGGCAUCCAAAAAAAGAGUAAAUGAGCGACAGACUGCUGUGUUCGAGGUCCAUCUUUCCAAGAAAACAGAUCGACCCCUAAUCUGGAAGGUUAGUGGGAGGGAAAGAGAUGAAAAGUCUGAUGUCUCUCUGUAUGAGGAUGGUCUGACCUACACCUUAAAGAUUAAGGAUAUGAAAGCCACUGACACUGUUUACCAGAAUGUCUGUGUGCAUGAGAGAAGCACAGCCCGCCUGGAGUGUGAGAUGAGCUCCAAGGACGUGCACAUUCACUGGCUGAAGGAUGGGUGUGAUAUCACAGCAAGCGGGCGCUACAUCUUCAUGCAUGAGGGGAAAAGGGCAGAGGUUAUUAUAGAAGAGUGUCAGAUGGCUGAUGAGGGAGAGUACUCUGUUGUCUGCACUCAGGACAACGAUGCACACGAAUAUGUCAAGUCUGCUAAAGUCACUGUGGCUGGGAAGAAUUCUGCUCUCAUCUGGUAUUACAAAGGCAAACCAGAUCCUAAGCUUACCUGGUAUAAGGAUGGUGUGAAGGUUAUGGAGGAUGAGGGGACCAAGGUGGAGCAGACAGAUAAUAGCACCUCAUUGGUGCUUAACCGCCCAAAGCCUCCUCAAGGGAAAGUUGAGUUUCUUGAGCCGUAAGAGAAGUGUAUCAAGAUGAAAUGGAAGGCUCGAAGUGACAACGGGGGUAAGCAGGUCACCAGUUUUGUGAUCGAUCGCUGUAUGGUAGGCAAGAGGUCCUGGAACAGGGUUGGAGAAGUGGAUAGUAGCAUUAAUGCCUUCACUGAUGAUAAAGUGGAGGAGGGCCAUGCAUACUAGCAUUGCAUCAGGGCCAUCAAUGAAGAGGGAAUGAGUGACCCUCUGGAGACAGAGGAGGCCGUGGUGGAGAGCCCAUAGGUGAAGCCUCCAGGUACAGCAUCACAGCCUCAUGUGUCUAAUUUAACUAAGAACACCAUGACAGUGAGUUGGAGUCCUCCAGCCAGUGAUGGAGGAGCUUCAGUUCACGGCUACAUCUGUGAACUGAGGAGAAAUAAAGGCUGCAAAUCCAUAAGGAGCUACUCACUGUGUGUUGUUUAUUUUUCUCUGACAUCUAUUCUCCUGAAGAAUAACUAUGGAGAGGCUCACUAUAAAGUCCAUGUUAAGGUUAUAGAUGUUCCCCAACCGCCAAACAACCUCCAGUUGGUGGAGGAGAUCCUGGACACAGUGGCUCUGCAAUGGGAUCACACCCGUGACCUGUGGUUUACUGUGACCGAGUGUGUUUUCAUUAGCAAGUACACUGUUACUGGACUGCUUCCAGGAAGGAAGUACUAUUUUAGGGUCACCGCACAGAAUUCAGUCGGUGACAGGGAUCCCUUAGAUUCAAAGCAACCUUUCAUCAUCGCCAAGGAGAAAGAGAGCAUCAACAGCCUUCAGGGGAAGGAAUAUGCAUUACCUCAAAGUCAUGUUAAACUUACUUUCCUGCUGCCGCUGAAGGACUAAGCCGUUCUCAGAGGACAUGACUGCAACAUGAGCUGUGUUUGCUGGUUUCAAGGGGAAUCCGUGAUCUCUGAUUCCACUCACUUUUGGCACCGCACAGUUAAUGGAGUGUGCACUCUAGUCAUCCCCACUUGUGGAGCUCAAGACAAUGUAGAAUACAUUCUGGUGCUGGAAAACCCUCUGGGGAUGGUCAAGUGUACCUGUAACCUAGUAGUGUAUGGUAGGUUCUACAAUGAGAGAGGGUGGAGGGUGAAAUAA